UAUGCUGAUGUGGAACUUUUUAAAAUUAAUGAAAAAUGUCAGUCAGGAUUUGUGGGAGUUAUUACAUGAUUGACAGGUGUAUAAGACCAUCAUGUUUGUUUUUGUUCAUUUGUCACACCUCAUUUCCUCAUCAAACUCUGUCCAAGUAUUUGACACUUUCCCACUGUCUUCAAAAAUUGCAUGCCAUGCUUAACUUCAGUAUUCAAUUAAAUUUAGGUGUACCCCAAUUUCACACUACCUGACAUAUUACCUGUAGCUAUUUCUGCCUCUAAAGCAGAACCUAAUCCAAAAAGCUCAAUUUAAAACAUGCACCUUCUGGCAACGCUGUGAUAACACAUGCUAACAUACCCUAGACUGCCAGAAAUCACAUAUUUUCUAACAUGCCCAUUGAACUUCUGUGCCAUUCCCAAAGGCAACAGUUGGAUUAGUAUUGGGCACUGGAGUGGUCCAGCCUUGAAUUUGAAAGUGUCUGGAGAAAAUGUGCUGCUUUGUCAUACAGAUUCAAAAUCUACACCAGUGCCAAUACCCAGCAGAACAUUUAAAAAGCAAAAAAUACACCCUAAAAUACAAUUUACAUUAUUACACUACUACACUGUACCCAGUCCAAUUGUUAAAUUGGACCCAGUCUCUCAUUAAGAUGAACAGUAAAGUGACAAACUGAAGUAGCAGAGACACAGCUAUGGUGAUGCGCACAUUAUUUCCCUACAUUGGAAUAAAAUUGAUUUGGAUGGGGUCCAGAGUGAGUCAUUCUCAGUAUGUUUCUGACAAAAUGCAUCAUCAAAAAUGCCACCAGUGUCAAUCAUUAUUUGAGUAAUUCUCUCAUUCAAUCUUAGGGAGACAUUUUGUUGAUAGUGUCAAUCAUACAAACGCACUGGUUACGUGUAAUUUUAAUUCCGUUUUAGGGUGGAUUUUCCCUUUAAACGCACGGAAACAACCAUGCCUUCCUCCUGUGCGCUCCAAACAUCACUGUACGAGAGAGAGGGAGCAGGGAGAGAGAGAGCUGUUUACAUUGUGAACCACAUCUCAGAUUUAGAGCCAUAUCCUGUUCCACCACCGGCACAACAGCUGUCUCGCUUCCUAGCCUGUUUUUGUCCGGGAAUUCGUUACCAAUUUACGCUUUACGCACAGCGACAGUCAUGAUUCUGACGCACAGGUGAACUUCGUUCUCCUUAGCGCGCCUCGACAAGUGCUCAACAAGGAAAAGUGUUAGGAGAGUGCAAGAAAACCUAUCUCUAUUUCACAUUUACGUCCUCAUUCUUCUGUCUUUUAUGCUCGGAGCCGAACUGGUUAUCAGAGCCAUGUCCAGGAAGAAGGCAGUGAAAGGCAAAGGCACCUCCAAGAGCCCCAAGGCGUCGCCGAGCGGCGGCAGAGACAGCGGGAGGACGGGGAAAGGUCUAGCCGCCGCUGCCGCCCCGUCCUCCGGACUGGUUUAUCCCAGCAGACCGUCCAUCAGCAACAGCGGAGAGUUUUAUGACAUCGCCUUCAAGGUGAUGCUGGUGGGGGAUUCAGGUGUGGGGAAGACUUGUCUGCUGGUUCGCUUCAAAGAUGGAGCUUUUCUAGCCGGGAGCUUCAUCUCCACUGUGGGAAUCGACUUCAGGAAUAAAGUUAUGAGCAUUGACGCCGUGAAGGUCAAACUGCAGAUUUGGGACACUGCUGGUCAGGAGCGUUUCCGGAGUGUCACACAUGCUUACUACCGCGAUGCUCAUGCUCUACUCCUUCUGUAUGACGUCACUAACAAGACAUCCUUCGACAACAUCAGAGCGUGGUUGGCAGAGAUCCAUGAGUACGCCCAGCAGGAUGUGGUCGUCAUGCUGCUGGGCAACAAGGCUGACUCAACACAUGACAGGGCAGUGAAGCGAGAGGAGGGGGAGAAACUGGCAAAGGAGUUUGGAGUGCCCUUCAUGGAGACGAGUGCUAAAUCUGGACUGAAUGUGGAGCUGGCCUUCACUGCUGUGGCCAAAGAAUUGAAGCACAGGACCAUGAAGGAGCCAGACGAGCCAAAGUUUCAGCUGCAGCAGUAUGUCGACAAAGAAAUGAGGACUGCUGGCUGCUGCCGCUCAUAGACCACAUCCUAUAAUGUGUGUGUGUGUGUGUGUGUGUGUGUGUGUGUGUCUGUGCAUGUGUGUGCGUGAGAGAGAGAGAGAGAGAGAACAGGUACCUUCUAUUAGAGUAUAUAAUAAGUCCGAGUCUGCGCGUCUGGGAAUUCUCUUAAGUUAUAUUCCUAUCAGUGGUGAUACGGCCAGUAUACUCUCUCUCCCAACCCACCUUUCCUCCGCAACUGUGAAUGUAAUAUAACUCUUAUUUACAUGCAUGCACACACACAGACACACACACACACACACCCUAGAGCUAUUUUCACUUGUUUUUUAAGUCUACUUCGCAUCCUGUUUAAUCCGUUCUGUGCAGUUUUCCAGAAGUGUGAUGUACAUACGGUAUUUUAAAUGUGAUUUUAAUUUUUUGCUCUGAAAGCUUUGUAGUUUGUAAAAGCCUGUCUAGUUGAAACACAAGUAUAUAGAUCCAAAAGUAGAUACGUUGAAUAUUAAAACAAUCUUACAUUACAGUAAUAGAAAUGAAUAGAUCUUAUUUGUACUGAUACACUACUGCACCUAAUGUAAGCUGUUAAAUGGCACUGUGUGCUGUUUAUGUACAGGAUAUCAUAUGAUAACUGUUUUAAUACUUAUAUUAUGUAUUUGUGAUCAUCAUACUGAUGUGUCUGUGAAAUUUAAUUUGAGCUCUUUGGCCUUUUAUACACAGAUUGUUCAGUUUGAGUUUAAAGCUGCUAUGUGAAGAGUUUUAACAUUAACAAAUCUGCUUUGGUAAUUAUUAGACAUUCAUUAAGUUGACCUCUACUCAUUUUUCUGAUUUGGGGAGAUAUAAGUUGUCAUCCUUGUCCAUUCAAGGGAGGAGGACAUCUUUUUUGUGACACAAAGCAACAAAUCUGGUCUAAAUCUGGAAUAUAAAAAAGUUGAAUACUGAGUGUGAAAGUUCAUUCUUGACCCUGACAAAAAUAUCUCAAUUCAAGGUCAACUUACUAGCUUUUUCUUGAGCUUUCUGUCACAUCUGGAUCUUCAGCUUUAAGAAAAUCUCUUGAUUAAAUAUUAAAUGGAUCAAAUUCCAUCCAUGAAGAACUGUGAGAUGCAGCUGAAAGCUCCAGAUAAAGCUAAUAAAUGGACUUUUUUUCCAAGUUGAAUAUUGCUGUUUUGAGAGAGGUUCUCUCUACUUUUUGUAGAGAAUAUACAUAUAUUAUGUAAAUGUUGGAAACUUUUCUCCACCUCACCGGGCUGUAUUUCAAUGCAUAAAACUGUUAAAACAACACAAAAUAAACCAGCAUGCAAAAGCAAACAUGAAUACAGCAAUUAUGCAAAGUGCCAUUCAUGUACUACUCCAAUCAAGAACACAAAAUUCUGAAAACUGAACAACAAAGACGUGCUGAGAAUUAGUUAAACUCAGAGGGAGGUUUUGCUGAACCUUUUUGUUUUCAUCUUUUCCUGCUGUUCCGCAGAGAUGCAGCCAUUGUUUCUGGAUCUUUGCUGAACUAAUGCUGCGUUGUGGCUCCAUCCCCAUGGGCAGGGUACAGGGAAUGGUAACUGGAAGUUGGUAAUGGGAUGAUAGAUGCUGCUAUAGUGUGUUGGUUCCAAGAGGAGGAGAUGUCUGCAGUAGAAAUGCAGCAGAAGUUGCAGGAUUCAUGUGUAAAGGAGACUUUUUCAAAAGCUCACACCAUGAGAGUUUGUUAGAAUCAGUAAGUAAGAGAACAUUAUUUUAUUUAAGUAAGAGACAUACUUUCAUACUGCAGCCUGCUAAUGUUAAAAUACUAUAAACUCUAUCAUAAAACACUAUAAAUACAGUUUGUAUAGUUUAAUUUGCUUACAUUAAAUGGUUAUACUUAUUGAUAUACAGAUUUUACAAUACAAUAGAUCACAAAUUUUCAGAAUAAAUAAGAUAUCCUUAAUUUAUUGUUAACUUGUAAUCUGUAUACUGUAUGUGAACUUAAAUGAUU